AUGGGGCAAUUUUAUGAUUCCAUCCCGCCGAAACUCAUCAAAUGGAUUCUCGAGCAGCAUCUGUUCUGGGUGGCAUCCGCACCUCUGAGCGGUGAUGCACACGUCAAUGUUUCGCCCAAGGGGCUAGAUGGGACGUUCCACAUUGUGAACGAAAACAAAGUAUGGUAUGAGGAUUUCACGGGGAGCACUGGGGAAACCAUCGCGCACUUGAAGGAGAACGGACGUAUCACUAUAUUAUUUGGCGCCUUUGAUGGUCCAGCUCGUAUUGCGAGACUGUUUGGAGUUGGGACUUACUUUGAAUUCGGGACUCCCGAAUACGAGGAGCUUAUCUCCGCAGAGACGCGUCGUCCAGGUUCUCGUGGCGUUGUGGUAGUUGAUGUGCAUAAGGUUGGAACGUCGUGUGGCUUUGGGAUUCCGAUAUACAACUACGUCGGGAAUCGCCCUACACUCCUCAAUAUGAGCUUGACCUUCGAGAAGCACGACCAGGAUGACCUUAGUUCUGGCGACGUACAGCGGUCGGACAAAGGUUUGAAAGCGUACUGGGAGGGACAUAAUACCACGAGCAUCGACGGCCUUCCUGGGAUGGAUGUAGGCCAUCUCUCGCCCAAACCACUGACCCAUGUUUCUCCCCCCGAUGGUGAGAAGUGGCCCGAACCGGAGCAGCCCCCCGUCGAGAUCCUAACCCCUGCGGAGCCACCAGUCAACACGAGUCGGCGGUCCCUUGAGGUGAUGAAGGGCGUGUCGGUGGAUAUCGAGAUUCUGAAGAUGCUUGCUGUCUUUCUCAUUGGCUGGGCACUAUCAGGCAUGUACUCUGGCGGUGCAGUCGCUGUCACUGUGUAG